UUGAAACAGACUUUCAUUUACCUGAAAGCACCUGGAUCCCCUCGCCUGAAGAAGAGAGUCUGUCAAAACAAUGGCAUCAGCGGCUCCACUCACAAAGACCAACGCCGGCUUCGUCCUGGAUAUGCUGAAAAAGCUGAGAGGGGAGGACAAGAAGGAGAACGUCCUCUUCUGCCCUGUCAGCCUUUCUGCAGGCCUGGCCAUGGUGUUGAUGGGGGCAAAGGGCAACACGGCCAAACAGAUUUCAGAGGUCCUGCAGUUGACUGAGACGCAGCCGAAGUCGCUGUCCGCCACUCCGCUGCAGUCGCUGCUGAAGACACGGACGGAGGCGCGCACGCAAGUGCACACACAGAUAAAGAUGCAGAUCCAGCAGCGCAGCAUGGUCCCAAGCUAUCUGUCCAAGGUCCUCAAAUCUAAAACUGAUAAUGAUGCUGAGCAAACUGACAAGGGUGAUGAAGAAACCCCGAAGGGUGGGCCUGAAACCGGCAAAGACGAAGCCCAGAACGGUAGCGAUGCCGCCCAGACCUCUCAGGGUGAUGCACAGGCUGCUGGGGAAGUGAGCCAGACCGAGAAAGACGAGGCCCCCGCCGCUCAGGACGACGUCCACGCCAAACUAUCUGAACUGCUGAGUCCAUUCUUUAAGGAUGAUGCUCCAUUUGGGCUCAGUGUGGCCAACAGGCUGUAUGGGGAGAAGUCCUGCGAGUUUAUUGAGGGGUUUUCAGAAGAAACCAAGAAGCUCUACAAUGCUGAGCUUGAACCCGUAGACUUUAAAGGCAACGCAGAAACAGAAAGAGUAAACAUCAACAGCUGGGUGGAGAAGCAGACACAAGGGAAGGUGAAGGACCUUCUGGCGCAGGGUGUGGUGAGCGACAUGACCCGGCUGGUGCUGGUUAACGCCAUCUACUUCAAAGGCAAAUGGGCCGAACAGUUCAAGGAGGAAUACACUGUCGAUGACCGUUUUAGAAUAAACAAGACUGAGACCAAACCAGUGAAAAUGAUGCGUCAGAAGAAGAAGUUCCACAUAAACACUCUUCCUGAGGUCAACUCUCAGAUCAUAGAGUUGCCAUACGUAGGAGAGGACCUGAGCAUGUUUAUCAUCCUGCCCAAUGACAUAGAGGACGAGACAACCGGCCUGAAGAAGCUGGAACAGGAGCUGACCUUUGACAAGUUCGAGGAGUGGUCUAAUCUGGAUGCAAUGGGGAAAAAUGAAGUGGAGCUGAGUCUCCCCCGGUUCAAGCUGGAGGAGUCGUACAGCUUGAAGGAGGUCCUGUCGAGCAUGGGCAUGGUGGACGCUUUCGACGUGUCAAAGAGUAACUUCUCCGGAAUGUCUCCGGCCAACGACCUGGUGCUGUCCAGUGUGGUCCACAAGGCUUUUGUGGAGGUGAACGAGGUGGGAACCGAGGCUGCUGCUGCGACUGCAGCGGUCGUGGGAACUCGCUCUGUCGUUAUUCCUGACAGAUUCGUCGCCGACCACCCUUUCCUCUUCUUCAUCCAACAUAAACCUACUAAGACCGUCCUCUUUGCUGGGAGAUACUCCUCCCCCGAGUGAUCGCUGUCAGGAAAAAUGUACAGUACAAACUGUAUCUGCAUUAUAUAAUGCACAAUUCAACAUUCUUUUGGUUUCACCGUAGUGUUAAUGGCAUUUCUUCUCUGGUAUGAUAACAAACAAGAAAAAUAACCUAUUUAGACUUUGAAAGAUCUACAUAACUUACUAACUCGCCCUUGUCUUGUUAGUGUCUUCAUUUGAUCACUAUAACAAAUGAUAGUAAAAAGUGAAGAUGAUAUAAGUCAAAUUAUUUUUUUGUCAAUAUAAAAAACACACAUUCUAAGUUUUGUUGGUGUCGUACUUCUUGCAGCCUUUGCCAUCAAAACAAAAGUUUAUUGAAGACCUUUCACCAAAUGAAAUCAGCUUCAAGCUGGAACAUAUAUGUAACCUUCAAAAUUAUUAAAACAGCUUAUGAACAUGUACAACAUGUCAGUUUUAAUCAUAAAUACUAAAACUCUGGCUGAUGUAAGGAACCAGUGAUAAUUUCUUCUACUUUUCCACUGUUUCUUUUUUGCAUAAUUGUUUUAGUCUGGUUUACUUUUUGCCAUUUUCCCCGUUUAGUGCUUUAAACAUGAUGUUUUUGUUAUUAUUGUCUGCUAAUUUCUGACAGUCAAAUGCUUGUUGAAACAGCUACUUGUAAGGAUAUUUUUUUAUUUGGAAUAUCUCUUGUUGAUGCCCAUCACAUAAUGAAAUAAACCUUACUGAAUGAGUA